AUGAACUUAAAGACACAUAAUAUGUCGCUUGUACUUAUAAUUUUAAGCGUAUUAUUAGGUACUAGCCUACAAAAAAACCCAAAAUCUAAAUUAAUAUUUGAGAUUUCUGAAGUAAUAAAUGAUUUAAAUAAUCCAAAAAUAAUAGAAAGAAGGAAGAUUGAAGUUCCAGUUUCACGAAAUUUCUUAACACAAAGCAAAUAUUUACGUGAUGCAAAUGACCCAAUUAUUGAUCGAAUAUGUAAGAAAACUGGCUGUUCGUGCGGAAGAUCAAGCUUUCGGUGUGAUACACAAGAUGUUUUUGAUGUGGCAAACGAUGUUGAAGACGUUAUUCGUAAUAUUGAUAGGCAGAUUGAUAUACGUGACCAAAGUAAUGAAGCUGAUGAUUUACUGCGCUGUGGUCACGGCUGCAAGAAAGUGUACAAACAUCAGAAAAAGGUGAGUGAUUCGUUCACAGAAGAUUUUAACAUGGAUAGUGUAGAACGGGAUAGUGGCGAUCAAAAUCUUCUAGAAGCUGUUCUUUCAGAACUUAAUGAAAUAUCUACAGUCGAGAAUGAAAAAGACCAAAAACUAUCAACACGAGAUGCCCUUACGCCAGAAGACAUAUAUGAAUACUACAGAGAAGCCAUGGAUCGAGUUAGAGAAACACUCAUGGGCUUUAUUAAAUAUAGAACAGGUUUAUCGGUAGUAAGACACUUACCUAGGGAGGUAAGAAAAGGUAUUCAAGCUAUACGUGAUAGAUAUAGACAUUUCAAAAUGUCUGAUAAAUCUCUAAAAACACAAAUUUUCCAAGUUUUGAUAGAUGAUAUUCGAAAAAUAAAAAUCGUCCCAAACAGAGAUGCUGAAGUUUCCUAUGACGUAUUUAUGCCAGAUUGGAUGUACUUGGAGCUAGUCAAAAAGAAAUCGGGAAAGCGAUUACGGAGUAGAAAGCGCUCAGCAAUGAAAAGAAUCCUACCAUUAACAUCGCAACAAAAAGUACGGUUGUUGAACAAACUAGGACCUAAGAAAUUAAUUAAAUUCGUUUGGAGGAGGAGUUCGGGUUCUGACAUAAGGCAAUAUGGAGUUCCAUUUGUUUUCGAUAUACAAGGCCUAGCCCAAUUAAAUUAG